GCCCCCUCCGCCACACCCAAUGACCAGUACACGGGCUCACCAAGCUUGAAAAAUAUGUUCUCUUGUGCUUGAUCUUAUACUCGCGACAAAAAUGAAGUUAUUACCGAGAUUUCUAGUGCUUCUUGUGCUGCUGGCGUGUAUAACUGUGAGAGAGAUCCAGGGAAACUGUGUGAUUCCCUUUUUGCUCCGUGGGUCUUGGUUCAGCUUCGAGAAGGGCACCAACACCAUCACGGAGAUCGAUGGCACCAGCAUGUCUGACCACGGAACCUGCGUGGCCCUGAAGGUCUACAGAUAUGACUAUAAGGCUUUCCUCUUCCGCCGGGACGAGUGUUACUACUGCGUCAGGUUUCACAUUCGCACCGUCAAUGUACUACAGAAGAGUGGAACUGGUUGUUACACCUUCAAGGAAAACUACAAGCCGUCUCUGGAGGAGGUGUGUGCUGAGCUGGACAGGAACCAGGGUUUGGUCACCAUGUUUAAUGAGAAUUAUGUCCCCAAGAACUGUCGCUCGGCCAUAGAGGGUGUAUGGCACUUCGCAUACCAGAACAGAUUUAGUUUCACAGGAGAAUGUAACCAUCCUGGGGCGAAGAUUCAGUCGUGUCAGGAACCUGGUAACCAGUUUCUCAUCGCUAAUCAGAAGUUCAACAUCAGUUAUAAGAAGUGUGAAGGGAUUAAGGAGUCAUUUGGUGGCACCAAGGAGUUCUCGUGCCUGGGUGACUGGUUUAUAGAGAAGAACCACUUCUUUGCCGUGGCCAACACCAAGGAGUCGAGGAAGGACGAGAAGUAUCGAUGCUUUGUCAGGAACAGGGACGAUGACCUGUACAUGGGCCACUCCAUCACCCCGGAGUGUUCUGUGCUCAAGACACCAGAGAACAGUCCAUUUAGGUUUCGCAUGACCCCUGUCAAGCUGGAGACGGUGAACCCUGGGUGUCUCCUGCCGAAGAACUUCAGCGGGGAGUGGGUCAACACGGCUCACACGGAGGCCGACGUCUUCAUCAACCAGACCCACAUCAUCGAGACAACUUACCCUGACGAAGGCCGCUUCAGGAAGACCAUCUACGUGUGCAAGGAACAGCGAGACAACCGAUACAUGAUGGCUAGGCUGAACAUUGACGGCUGUCAGAAGGAUUACGUGUGCUUCGAGUUCGUACCUCGUCACCACAGCAUCAUCAGGUUCAGGAAGGGUUUAGAAAUGAUCCUGGAGGACUUCUCGACUGUCUGCUCCUAUAUACAGUUCAAGAGUGGCCGGGAGUGGAACUACGACUUGAUGUUAGCUAAAGACCCGGUUCCCGUCAAGUGCCCUGUAGCGGGUAAAUUUAACUUUACGCAGAAGGGAGAACUCCGCUUCGAAACUAGGAUCCUUGGGGGUGUGACCAAGUCUCCCUGGGACCACAUCUACUGCAGGGAGAAUAUCUCGGACCUGUCUGUGUGCGACCGUGACCAGAAGGAGAUUUGGAUUGACGCUCAUUACUGUAUCAGCGUGGAUGCUUACGGCAGACACACCGAUAUUUAUACUGACCCGGACUACAAGCUCAAGUGUGUAGGCUACUGGAAGGAAAAUCUCCAGUCAUACCUCAUCACAUAUGACGAACUUGACCCGUAUUCCAAGUACAGGUGUUGGGUAUACCAGAGGGCUGACUUGAACAAGAUAUUGAUGUCACAGAGCGUAGGGCCCUUCUGUAACUUAAAACAGACGGUCCUUGGUACAGGAAAUGGCGCUGCUGUCACGCUCAACAUGGUCGAAUAUGAAAGAGAACACGACCGCUGUCCCAUGCAUUUUGACGAUGGCUCCAACCCCUGGAAGGAGGCUGGCGCUAACGUACACGUCUUCCAUUUCACGGGCGGCACAAAAUAUUUCAGCCCCUCAGUUCUUACCAUCCUCAUCGCCUUCGUCAUCAGCUGGCUACUCUCCAGGAAGACUUGAAGAUUACAAAACUACACGAAAUAGAAGAAAGAAAGAAAAUAUAUGAUGAAUGAAGGAUAAAUUAUGUCUUAGUAAUUAUUCCAAACUGAAGAGAGAAAUAAAAAAAUAUGUUAAAAUCCAGUUGAAGUUUAUUCAAGUACGUUAUAUAGAAGUGGUUCAAUCCAGAUGGAAAAAAAGAAGUGGAUACGAACUUAAAUCUUCGUGUACAAACUAAACUGUGAAUCACUCUGCCAUACGACCACAACAGUUAACUCUACUGUUAUGAAAUAUAAAACCCCAUUACCACUGCCUAUACCAUAUAACCAUCCCCUGUGAACCAUAUUAACACGACGGUGAAUCUUGAAGAAUAGUGAACCAUACUGCCACAACUAUGAACCAUCCUAACACAACAAUGCCCAUCCUACGACAACUAUGAACCAUCCUACGACAUCUAUGAACCAUCCUACCACAAGUAUGAACCACCUUACUACCAUACUACGAGAACUGAAGGCCUAACACACACACACACACACACACUGCUCAUGGCCGGGAUUGUACAGAUAAAAUGAAUUAAAACCAUAACCUAUGUGAUGUGUUGGCACAGAUUAAACCAAUAUUAUUUGAUCAAGUAUUACUGUAUAGUUUUGACCUGUUGUGUGCAUUAGUGGUUGUUGCUGGUGUAUACAGACUUGGUUAAUAACUGUAGAGUGUAUAGUGGGUGUUGUGUUUUUUAUCCCACGAGGGGAAUAGGUUGAAAUUACUGAUGCCAAAAGGCUGAUUGGUUUCGUCUCAAUUGGUGAUUAUCUAUGUUGUUUAUAUAAUUAAUGAAUGAGUUAUGAUGACCUAAUACAACUUGUACAAUACCAGUGUGUCUUGUCUGCCUGUCUGCCAUAUCCCCCUUUCACUCCCAGACACACACACACGCCCCAUACACACACACACACGCCCCAU